GUAGCCAGGUUGCAAAGCACGGCUGCAAUUCCGACAGGCCACACGAUUCGCUCCAGACGCUCUACGGUGUCAUGUGUGGCUCAAGCCGUUUCCACUCAUAUCUUUGUCCAGUGGCCAUACGCGACCAGCUCAUCAGCGGCGGCAAAGGUAUGGUACAGGGCGAGAAGGCAGCCCGACCUGUGGCGGUUGCGGAGGCGCGGGACUGCGGGGUCAAUCGCGGAGUCAACCGCGGGAGCAACGAGAAGUCGAAGGUGCCAGACAUGUUUAAAGCCGCAAUCGAAGCCAGGAAGAACGCCGUCGAAACCGCCAAAAUGUUCAGGAACAGGCGCUACACAGACGCGGAGAGCCACGUGAGGUCGCUGGGAGAGCAGGACCAGGACGUUGUCCUACACAGGUUCCAUGAUUUCGAGAACGAGUUGGUCCGCAGGUCCAGGAUGAGGUGGACCACGACCGACUUCGAGCAGUUGUUGGUGCUCGGAAGGGGCGGAUUCGGCACUGUCCACCUGGUGCGCUUCCGAGGGCUGCAGCAGUUCUUGGCCCUGAAGCAGAUGAGCAAGGAGAGCUACAGGAAGAAAAACCACCGAGAGACGAGGAAGGCUGUCCAGGGUGUGUUCACCGAGAGGGACGUGUUGGCCAAGGCCAGGAGCGAGUGGAUCGUGGAUCUGCUUGCGACCUUCCAGGACCGUGACAAUGUGUACAUGGUCAUGGAGUUCGGCCAGGGCGGAACCUUGGAUGGACAUCUGCAGAAAAGAAAGUCAGGGGACGACGAUCUCGGGCGAUUCACUCACGAGGAGGUCGUCUUCUACACCGCGGAGCUGCUGGAGGCGCUGGAUACGGUUCACCAGUGUGGUCUCAUCCAUCGCGACGUAAAGCCAGAUAACAUCGUCCUCACACGCGAAGGGCAUUUGAAGUUGCUGGAUUUCGGGAUCUGCAUCGUGGAGGCUGAAUGUGCCUCGGCCUCCCUGUGUGGCACCCCGCCUUACCUUGCCGUCGAGGUUUUCUUCGAGGGUGCAGGCGCGUUCAGCCCAGCCAGUGACCUAUGGGCGUUAGGAGUCGUAGCGUUCGAGUGCCUCUACGGCCGCCCCUUUUGGCAGUCGGGCGACCUCCAGGGGAAGGAGGCCUUCGUCUGGCUGAGGGACAAUCGGCUGCGGAACUUGAAGCGCGCCCGGGACAGGAUGCUGACCAAGGCACAGCAGGACCCCAAGGUCCUGCUCACCGACGAGAUGAGGCAGACCCUCGAGCGGCUGAUCUGCCCCCGCGACGCGCGCCUGGGCACCCACGCGCUGCGCAGGGAGCCCCUGUUCGGGGGUCUCGACCUCGGCGCACUCCACAAGCUCGAGCCACCGAUCCGGCCCGCAGACGAGCUCAGCGGCCCGGGCGACGCGUCCAUUCGGGCUCCCUGCAGUGUCCCCAGCGGGCCUCGCCCCUUCCGCGCCCCGACUCAGACGCGGACCCCGCCCUGGACUGGAGCUGGUACGGGCUCGACGUGGAGAGCCACCAGAUGGAGAGGCAGCCGAGCGUGCUGA